AUGGCUAAACGCAAUAAGCUCAAGGUUCUUGCAUUGUUAGUUCUGCUUAGCAUUAGCUUCUACCUUUCCUUCGCAAGGUCCUUGAAGCAGGCUAACAAGCCAAAAUCAAGUUCUGGCUACCAUGUAGCUGAUGAUGGUGACGGAGGGGAUGGUGGGGGCGAAGGUGGCGGCGGUAACGGCGAUGGUGGCGGUAACGGCGAUGGCGGCGGUAACGGGGAUGGCAACGGUGGUGAUGGUACUGGCGAUGGAGGUGGCAGCAGCGGUGGCGGUGAUGGUGAUGGUGGAAGCAGUGGCGAUGGCGACAGUGGCGGUGGAGAUGGCAGUGGUGGUGGUGGAGAUGGUGGCGGUGGUGAUGGUGGCGGUGGCGACGGAGGUGGCCGUCGUUAA